AUGAGUUCCUCUUCAGUCUGGGUGCCUCUGAGCAUGGACAGAGCACAUUUCCCCUGAACAGCACAACUGGUUAAAAAGCGUUAUUACCUCACUUUUUGUGAGGCCAGUGGCACCGGGGUGGCAAGACGGGGGCUGCCCGCACCUGCCCUGCUUCUUGGCUGCAGAGGAUGCCACUGUGGAGACCCAGCCGUGGCUGCUCUUCCCGGGGGAUGGCGCUGCCUGUUUUGGGUGGAGAAGAGCUGCUCCGGAAGGUGGUCCAGGUGGCACUGGUGCUCACCACAGCAAGUCCUGUGAUGGCACCGUGCCCGCCAAGAUGGAUCCCUUACAGGGAGGAACUGUGCCUCUACCUCCCGGCAUCUCCUGCUCUCUCGUGGGAUGAGGCCAGAGUCUUCUGCCAGGACCAGAAUGCACAGCUGGUUGUCAUCAAGGACCACAAUAAGCAGAUGUUCCUGAUGGACCUUGCAGAUGGUGCCAGGGGCCAUGCAUCACACUACUGGAUAGGGCUGGCUUGGGAGGAGGCAAGUGCUCAGCUCACCUGGUUGGAUGGCACUCCAGCAUCACAGAGCUGGUACAGUAACUGGCUCCCAGGCCACCCCAAAAAGGAGCAUUGUGUACAGUUUGUGGGCAUCUACACAGGGCAAUGGAGAGACUGGGACUGCAGCACCAACAGCGCCUUUAUCUGUGAGACGCCGGUGAAAGACGCUUUCCCUGGCUCUGUAAGGAAAGUGCGUUUCCGCUCUCACUGCUAUGCCUUUCACUUCCCAUCUUUCCGUGAGUGGAGAUCAUGGAGAGAAGCCCAGGCUUUAUGCCAGGAAUCUGGGGAGGGCCUAGCCAUCAUCCAUGGUCCGGAGGAGAAUGCCUUUCUGUCAGACGCUUUUCCGGAGGAGGGCUGGCACAUGUGGAUCGGGCUGCGCUUUGGCACCUCCUGGAAGUGGAGUGACUCAUCACCUCUUGACUAUUUCUGGUGGCAUCCAGAAAAAGCUCCAUCUAGGCUGCGGGACCAGUGUGCAAUGCUGAGUCUCCAGCCCACUGACGCUGCCCAGCACGGAGCAUGGAAAACCAGACCUUGCGGUGUGCGUCCUACAAGCGAGAUCAUCGGGUUCAUCUGCCAGCACAGAGAUGAUUUCUGUGGCCCACCAAAGCUGGCAUGCUUUCCUCUUCCCGGUGGGCUGGGUCAACAUGCCACAGCUGACAUCACCUUCUCUUUGUCUGCUCACUCUGUCUGCUUUCUGUCCUUGACUGGCCUCCAAGGCAACAACACCCUUUUCUGGCUCAACCUCCAUGCCAAUGGCACCCAGGUGCAUGGCAGCAUUCUCUCUGAACUCGGGGGCUUUUCAGUGCACAAGAAUUUCCCUCGUAUGUCUUUCUUGCCUGGACUCAACACAUGGACCUUUGUCACCUACCCGGAUGGGGUGGCCAGCUUCUUCAACCACCAGGAACACUUCCGGCUCUCGGGUGCCCAAGGCAUUUCUUUUGCGCAUCUCAGCUCCUUGCAGAUAACUGGAGUGACCGUGGCCAAUGCCUCUCUAGAGUAUGGCCUUUCCUCUGAGCUGAGCUUCCCAGGUGGCAGCGGCCUACAGCUGGAGAAUGCCAUCCAGCAAUACCUGGGUAACUUCACCAUUGGACUCUGGCUUCGAAGCUCUGCCACCCAUGCUCCCAAGAUGUGCCUGGUCAGUUAUUCGCUGAAGUGGAGGCGGUCAGAGUUUGCACUCUUCCUCCUCUCCCCUUCUGGACUGGAAUUCCAUAUCAAGGGGGUCACCAUGUUCAGCAGCACCCAUGGCUUUCUUCUGGAUGGAUCCUGGCACCACUUGGCCGUCUCUGUCUCCAAUACUCCCGGGCUGCCCCCCUUUGAGGUCUUUGUUGAUGGAGAGCCCUGGGAGCCAUACUCUGCCACAUCUGCCAGCAUUUUCCUGUGGAGGGGGCUGUCCCUGGGGGGCAAGCUGAGUGUCGGGCAGCUGGAGGUGGACAGCAGGGGGACCAGCUUCUACAAGGGGGACCUGAGCGAGGUGAACCUGUGGGACCGAGUGCUCUUGGGGCAUUCAGUGAAGCAGUUGGCGGCCUCCAGGACCAAGUGGAAGUACCCUGGGAACGUGGUGAGCUGGGCCCAGCUGGUCGCAAAGAAGCCUCCCCCAUUGAAAAUCCUCACUCCAAGCAGUGAGCCAGAGGCUGCCUUUGUGUGGUUCGGUCUCUUCCGGCUCAGAGGGAAGCGUUCGGUCCUGUGUGCAGAUUCAGAGCAGCUCCUUGUUUAUGUCACGCCUCUCCUGGCCCAGUGUCCCAACAGGGCCUUCUGGGGGCUGCAGCUCAACGGGCGGCUGCGCAAUGUGGCCAACCCUCCUUCUUGCCUCCUGGUGGCCAUGGAUGGAGUUUCCCUGGAGAUCAGCUGGGACUGUUCGGCAGAUGCCAAGCAUUCCUUCCGCCUCUUGCCAGACCAGCGCCUGCAGAACCUGCUCUCGGGCACCUGUGUGUUUCAAGACGUCAUCCAUGCCUCGUUGUUCUUGGGGAAAUGCACUCCACAAGCAAUGUACUUUGCCUUGGACUGGGAUGUGCACUGCCCCCAGAGCCUGGGCUGGAGGUCCUGGAAGGACAAAUGCCUCUUCCUGGUGCUGGAUGUGGCCCUGGAGUGGAGCCGGGCACUGACGUACUGCCAGAGGUUCCAUGGCGGCAGCUUGCUCACCCUGAGCAGCCCUCAGGAUCUGGUCUGGCUGCAAGAAGAGCUUCAGGUGAGCGUCUGGACUGGUCUCCGCAGCAGCAGCAGAAGAGACCUGUUGAGCUGGGCAGACCAGAGCCCAUUCAAUGCCGCUUUGCAGCGCUUCAUCUUCUCCUGGGGGCCCUCUGGCGGGACAGUCUGCAUGCUGGCCCUAUCCACAGGCUUCCUGAAGGCUGAGCCCUGCCACCGGCCCCAUCGAUGGAUCUGUCAGGCCUCCCACCGGAGUGACUUGUAUGUGACCUUCCCUGGGAGAUCCUUCUAUGGGGCUCUGUCUGCUGACCUGAGCUUCCCUUCACUCCAGGAGGCCCAGCGACAGUGCAGCGCUUUGGGCAAGGGCUGUGACGUUGUGGUCAGCACCUCAGCAGGCCACCAGCUCAGCUUGGGGAGGCGCUUUGUCACCCUUGAAGGCCCCGCUGCUGCUGACCCCUCUGCCGCUAUCCACGUCAAGUCCAGGUGCUCCCCUGGCUACUCUGGGCAGGACUGCCAGUCGAUGUGUCCCCCCUGUGAGCCCCGGCUGAGCUGCAACCCACUGACCGGCUGCUGUGAUGGCUUCCUGCACUAUAGGCAGGCACCUGCUGUGGUCUACUCUCUGAAGUGCCUGCCCUUGGAGUCCUGGGUCUAUGAGCAUGGUGCUUGCCUGUCUUCAGAGCACUACAGCAGGCGGGAGGAAGCAGCUGCCAUUUGUCAGAGGUACCUGGGCGCUACUGUGCGGAAAGUCAGGCACCCACUGCAGAAGGCUCCAGUUGGCUCUUCUGGAACCCAAGGAGGGGACUUGAAGCCCAGUGGUUUCCUUUGGGCUUGCCAGCGAAUGGAAGAUGUGGAGCUGCCAUCCUUUCGAGAGAAGCUUCUUGUGUCCCUCUGGGACACGACUCCCCAUCAGCGGCAUGCCUUGCUCCAGGAGGCCAGAGACGCCUGCUACCUGCAAAAGGAGGGCUGUGGGGGGGUCUUGAGCCUGGAUGGUGCCCAUUACACGGUGGCCGGGACAGUGUUGGUGGACAGCCCUGGUUCAGGGGCCCUUCUGUACAUCAAGACAGGCUGCUCCCGUGGCUUCUGUGGGGAACGGUGCCAGAGGACCUGCUCCCCUUGCUUGAGUACCCGCGUCUACAACCCCCUGACUGGACACUGCGAUGGCCUCCUACGCUGCAUCCGCCACUCCGGCCCCUUGUGCCUUUACGGCUUGGUGAACUCGAGGUGUCCCCAGGGGCCUGGCUGGUGGUUCUGGAACGGGCACUGCUAUUAUGUGGAGAAGCACAGCAGCAAGGAUUGGCAGGGGGCGAAAGCUGCCUGCCGGGUUUAUGGCAAAGACGUGAGCCUCCUGACUCUCAGCAGCGCCAAGGAAAAGGCCUGGGUUGCGGCCAUGGUGCAGAAGGACAGCUGGACAGGGCUGAAUGAUGCAGACGGAGACAGGACUUGGACCUGGGCUGAGGGCCAGGCUGCCCAUCUGCCACUGCCCUGGCUGGCUGAUGUACAGCUUACGACAGGCGAUUGCCUGGAGAUCAAGCUCCAGACAAAGCAGAACUUGGCUGUAUCACACUGUUCCGAACACAAAGCAUGGGUGUGCAAAGGGACUUGGGGACACCAGAGUUCCUGUCCAACGGAGCCUGGUUGGAGGCAGUGGAAUGGCAGCUGCUACUUCUUGGACGUCCUCUCAGUCAGUGGGUGGCAUGAGGCUCGGGAUGCCUGCCGGAGGUUCAGGAACACAGAGUUACUGUACUUGACCUCGCUCCAGGAGAGGGACUGGGUCCGUUCAAAUUUCCAAGGUUCUGUCUGGACAGGCUUGAAUGAUCUGCAAGAGGAAUCUGUCUUUCGCUGGACAACGCAGGAGCCACUCAGUGAACAUGUGGCACAAUAUUUGCAAGAUGACAUGGCAGACGGUGGUCUGAAGGACUGUGUGUGGCUGGACCUGGCAAGUGGACUUCUCCGUGACGCCAACUGUGAGGAAGCCAGGCCUUUCCUGUGCAAAGGUAGUGAAGCCACCGACUGGUUUGAGGAGCGUCCAGGCCUCAGCGUGGUGAAAGGAGACCCUGCGCAGCUUUUCCCCUCUGCAAGGAGCCUGGACCAGGCUAAGCAGGAGUGCCUCCAGGAACGCCAUGUCUGCGUCGCCGUCCUCCGGUCAGGCUCAGGCUUCUAUCUGAUCAGCUCUAUGGACAGGAUUGUCUCCAAGCCGGAUUCGGUGCUCUAUGUCUGGACCAUUUGUGCAGAGGGUUUUAGUGGCCUAGAUUGCCGCAGGGCCUCAGAGCGACCAUCCCGGCCGGCCUGCGACUGCAGUGGAAGAUUUCAGACCACAGCUGAGAAAGUCUGUGGCGUCCUGGUGCGGACGUGUGUGGAUGACUGUCGACGCCUGACUGCCUGGAGUAACUGCUCGUUGUGCCUGCCGGUCUGUACUGAGGCCAGCCUGAGCCUCCUGGAUCCUGAGGAGGUCGCCCUCAUCACGAUGAUUCAGUUCAAAGUGUCACACUCUCUCAACCUCACCGAAGAAGAUGAAAGGGACCAAAGGAACUCCUCCAAGAUCAUCUAUGACACCAAAUAUCCAUGAUGGUACCACAUUCUGGGCAAAGAACAGAAGGAAGGAAAAGACCAAUAAAAGGUUA